AUGCCUCCGAACUCUCUGGUCGAAUGGAUGAUUGGUCAGAAUGUUUCAACCACAAGACAGAAAAAAAUUAGUACCUUCCGUGAAGUUGUCAGGCUUCAGGUAGCAACCGAUGAUGAGUCCGGCGAAGACUCUAUUCUCUUGACAUACCCUCGUACACAUCAAUCGGGCAACAUCUCCGGGGCUACUCCGCCUGGCAAGAAAGUCAGAUUUGAUCAGAAAUCUGCACUCAAAGACAGUUCAUCGCCGAUCAGCCCAUCAUCAUCGAGCUCAAGCGGCUCGAGCGAAGAGAAGCCGAAGAUAGAAGCCACAAAGAGUACCUGCGAACCCUCAGAUAGUGACGGAGACUCCGAACCACAUCCAACAUGCUCAUGCACAGACUGCAGAGCUGGAAGGAGGAGAGCAAGGCGCCUUGCACGACUGAACAAGAAGCUUCUAGAGAGUUUAAGUGAUGCUUCUAGCGAUACGACGGAAGCAAGUGAGCCAGUGGUUGAACUAGAGAAAGAUAACUCGCCUCCCAAAAAGAACGAACCCAAGAGGAAAGCUGAAAAAAACAAGUCACCCAAGAAAGCAGUUCCGGAACCAGCACCGGUCGUGUCUGAAGCCAGUGAUACACCUGGCGAAACCACGGAGGGCACACAGACGGAAGGCGAUACGGACAAUGAGGCUGUUGCUGUGACACCACCUCCACCUCCACACGAGGAGAAAAAGGAGCCUGCAGCUAAGAAGACAAAAAACGGCGGUGGAAAUCCCAGCAAGAACAAACAAGCAAAGAAAGUCAAGAACACGGAUGGGAAAGGUUCAGACAACAAGGAGAAAGACGCCCAGGCCGAAACAGCUUCCCAGGUUGUCACUAAGUCACCGACUGGAGAUAAACCUGUUCACCUGCCCCCGUACUCUCAAGAGUCCAACAUCCGACCACCAAACCUGCUUAUGCCCGUCAAAGCGCAGGUCUUACAGGUUGAACAUGCCAUCGAGACUCCUGAUGAUCCGCGACCGAACGCUUUUGUUGACAACCAGUAUGGAGUUCUUCGCGUCUAUCAUGGCCCCGCCUAUGGCAAUGCCACCGGCAACCUCUAUCCACGACGGUCCUGGUCAGGCCAGGAUUUGCCACUUGGGGCGCCACAUCCGAUGCACAACCCGUACAUCCAUGGAUUUGGUCAACAUCCACAGGGCCAAGGUCAUGGUGCUGCUGUCUCAGAUGGCCAGAUGCCGCAUAGCAUGAUACCUCCAGGCUGGUAUGCGAUCCCAGGUGGUGACGGUAAUAUGAUGCCUGCCAUGAAUCAAUGGAGCAUGCCAAAUACCGGCUACCAACAUCCUCCUCCCGGUGCACACGUACCCAACCCUCCAGCUGCGACAACUCAACCCCCUGAAACUGGUGGAAUCGGCUUGAAGUUUGAUUCUCACGGAAGACCUAUCACAAAAGGCUCUUCCAAAGGAAGUAACAAAGACCAAGGAUGGGCGACGAACGUUGCUCCUCCACCGCCUACGGCGGGACCAGGAUCUCAACGCUCGCAGCAAGCGUCUGGACCUAACAAAGAUCCUUGGAAGACUGAUGCCUGGGGCUCUAACGUGCCAUGGGGAGAUGGCGCGAGUGGAGAGAAUGCAAAGGAAUCCAGUCACCAGGGUAGGAGAAGCAACAGAGGAGAUAAUGUCUGGGGCGGCAACACGGGUGCGCCACAACCUUGGGGCUCAGCAAAUGGUGGCAGUAAUGGAAGCAAUAGACAAAACGACAAUAGCGGAGCACAAUGGGCCGCUGAUGCGAAUAACAAUACGGGGAGCAAAGGCUGGGGUGGUGGUGGCUCGAAUGUCAGCAAGAAGGAAAGCGCUCUUCCUGGCUGGCCAUCACAUUCCCCCAAGUGCCCCCCUCAGAACCCCUGGGUCAGCUCAAACAGUGGCCCCAACAAUCAAGGCUCUGCAGGAGUAAAUGGUGGCUGGAACGAUCCACAACCCAGAACGACUGGAGACUGGGGCGGUGGGGGUGCACCUGCAAAUAACUGGAACGCAUGGGGAACGGGAUCACAAACAAAUAACUUCGGCUGGAACGAGCCACCGAAAAAUACAUCCGAGAGAGCCAGUAAUGAAGGAUGGAACGUUAAACCAAAUGGGAAUAGCAACAUGGCUUGGGGCGGUGGCGGCAGUCAGCGCCGCAACGAUUGGAGUAACGCCAGCCCGGGUGGUCCUACAAGCUGGGAGCAAGGCGGAGGUGGAGCAAACAGCAACUGGAGCUAUAAUAACGUUGGCGGACCGCCUAAUGAUGGCGGUGGCGGCUGGGGUCGAGGUGGCUCGACCAAAGAAGCCUUCUUCGGUCCGCCCGGUCCUUGGAACGUAUGCGAUCAGCCUGUGCCUUCCGACAACAAUGUAGGCGGAGCUCCUAACGGCGGAUGCGCGAACGCCCCCAGCGACACCCAAAACAACAAUUGGUCCGGUGGAGGCGGCGGCAACUGGAAUUCCAGCAAUGUGGGAAGGACGGUAUCAACAGCUGGAGAUGGAGGCUAUGGGCCCGCAGGUAACGCCGGGCCCAUAUCAGAAAUUCCACUAUGGGGUGAUGCCACGGCAGCUCAGAGCACUCGUCCUGAGCCCCAGCCGCAGAAACCAGACAACAUAUGGUGAAUCGCAUGGUUCUAUUUCUGGGCGAUCGGUAGUAUGGUCUUUCUGCGUCGCUCCUAGAGUCUGCCGAUCAGAUCUCAAUGCGAUGGGCCGACAUAUUCGGGACGAUAUAGCGUUUGAUAUUCCGGGCUCCAAUGUGGACCGAUACUUAGUUAUUCGGGCGGUUGUCUUCCUUGACAGAUAUCUUUCAUUUUGCCUGAUGGCUGCUGGAUCUUCCCUGUCUCGAAGGAUGUUGACACAUUCAGCAGUACGAGGAAGAAGCUAUGGGUGCGAGCUGGAGUGGUGGUCGCUAAGUUAUGCAAUGCAGAAAACGGAUAGGGUUUUGCUGUUGCUGUUACUGUUACUGUAGUAUGUUAUAUAGGAAAUGUAUCACAUAGGGUAAUUAAUAUUUUGAACCA